AUGAGUCAUAGUUAUCUUCAUCCCUUUAAUGGUAAAUGGUUCGCUAAUCUUCCUUCCUUGCAUCAGCUAGACAUUUCAUGGAAUUCUAUAAAGGAUGAUUUACAAUUGUCUGGACUUUGGAACCUAACACGUUUAAACUUAAUAGGCAACUACUUCAAUUUUGUUCCAAACUUUUGUAAAGCAAAGUUAUACAAGUUAAAGACAUUACUUCUAUCUGACACUAAAUUGGGUACUUUAAAGCAUUUAAAAAACCAUACUCGAUGUUUAAAUGAACUGGAAAAUCUUUUUUUGAAUGGAAUAUCAGUACCAAACAUACCAAAUAAUGCCUUUUCUGAUAUUCCGUCUUUGAAAGACCUGAAGCUAAUGCAAUUGUCAACACAAAUGGAAAAGAUUGAUCCGCUUGCGUUUAACAGCUCUUCUCUCAAACAUCUAAGAUUUUCAAAAUGUAAUGGAUUCCUUUUCUUUCGAGGUUCUAUCAGUCAAGGACUAUUUGAUCCAGCAAAUAUUUUCAAAUACUGUCCAAAUAUCGAAGAUCUAGAUCUGUCUCACAACGUAUUAGAAUUUACACUUGAAAAGAUCAGAAAUAUGUUCACGCCAUUAAAAAAGUUGAAGGUGAUUCGGUUGCGAUUUCUUAAUUUGGCAACUAUGCCAAGUGAUUUCUUUUACCGUUUUCCAAAUCUUCAAGAAAUACACAUGGAUCAUAACAUACUUUUGCCAUGGAAAGACGGUAACUCUAUUUUUCAUGGGUUAACAAAUCUUAAAGAGCUGCAUUUACAAAACAAUAAAAUUGGGAUGAUAAAAUCUACAUCUUUACCAGCUAAUGUAACUAAAAGUCUCCGUAUAUUAUAUCUGACAAACAAUCACUUCAUUUGUACCUGUGAUCUCAUGUGGUUUAGAAAUUGGAUGAAAAAUACCCACGUUGAAAUAAUUGGAAAUGAAAAUUAUAGAUGUGAAGAUAGUUCGAGACUCAUAGAUUAUAAUCCAACUGAGAUUGAAUGUAGAAACCUCAUACUAAUCAGCACAACUGUCAUUGGAAGUAGUUUUUGUUUAUUCUUAUUCACUACUGUUCUCGUCUACUGUUGCAGAUGGCGUAUUCGAUUCCAAAUUUAUAAAAUGCGGUCACGAGCACGUUAUUAUCAGCAAGUUAAUGAAGAAGAUUUUAAAUAUAGUGCUUACGUUAUAUAUUGUUACGAGGACAUCAAAUGGGUCAAAACUAAUCUCAUACCUAAAAUGGAAGAAGAGAUAGGAGUUAAGCUAUGCAUUCCUCACAGGGAUUUUGAAGUAGGAAAAGUGUUUACUGACAAUAUUGUUGAUAACAUGAAUUCAAGUAAAACUGUCGUACCAAUACUUUCAAACAACUUCACUAAAAAUGAAUGGUGUUUAUUUCAACUUAAUGUAGCUCGUAGCAAGUUAUCAAAAGAUGGUACUGUGUCUAUAUUGCCAAUUAUGUUGGAAGAAAUUCAUUUUAAAAAUAUGAAUGCAGCUUUAUACUCCUUGAUAAAACUGUCAAGUUAUGCUGCAUGGAAUGAAGACGAAAAUGCUUUGGAACUUUUCUGGGAUCAGAUAAAAAGUCAUGUACAAUAA